CCAGGCAGCCACCCUGCAGCAGGAGUGUGACUAUCUGCAGAUGAUCGAGGUGCAGCACAAGCAGUGUCUGGACGAGGCCCAGCUGGAGAACGAGACCACAGCAGGCUGCAGCAAGAUGUGGGACAACCUCACCUGCUGGCCAGCCACCCCUCACGGCCAGGUGGUUGUGUUGUCUUGUCCCCCCAUCUUCAGGCUCUUCUCCCCCAUUCAAGGCCGCAACGUGAGCCGCAGCUGCACCGAUGAAGGCUGGACACACCUGGAGCCUGGCCCCUACCCCAUUGCCUGUGGCUUGGAUGACAAGGCAUCAAGUUUGCAUGAGCAGCAGCAGACAAUGUUCUACAGUUCUGUGAAGACCGGCUACACCAUCGGCUACAGCUUGUCCCUUGCCACCCUUCUGGUUGCCACAGCUAUCCUGAGCCUGUUCAGGAAGCUCCACUGCACACGGAACUACAUCCACAUGAACCUCUUCAUAUCCUUCAUCUUGAGGGCUGCCGCUGUCUUCAUCAAAGACUUGGCCCUCUACAAUGGCGGGGAGUUGGACCACUGCUCCGAGGGCUCGGUGGGCUGUAAGGCAGCCAUGGUCUUCUUCCAGUACUGUGUCAUGGCCAACUUCUUCUGGCUGCUGGUGGAGGGCCUCUACCUGCACACCCUGCUUGCCGUCUCCUUCUUCUCCGAGCGGAAGUACUUCUGGGGGUACAUACUCAUCGGCUGGGGGGUGCCCAGCACAUUCACCAUGGUGUGGACCAUCAUCAGGAUCCAUUUUGAGGAUUAUGGAUGCUGGGACACCAUCAACUCCUCAUUGUGGUGGAUCAUAAAGGCCCCCAUCCUCGCCUCCAUCUUGGUGAACUUCAUCCUGUUUAUUUGCAUCAUCCGAAUCCUGGUUCAGAAACUGCAGCCCCCAGAUAUCAGGAAGAGUGACAGCAGCCCAUACUCGAGGCUGGCCAAGUCCACUCUCCUGCUGAUCCCCCUGUUUGGAGUGCACUACAUCAUGUUUGCCUUCUUCCCUGACAACUUUAAGACUGAAGCGAAAAUGGUCUUUGAGCUCAUCGUGGGGUCUUUCCAGGGUUUUGUGGUGGCCAUCCUCUACUGCUUCCUUAAUGGCGAGGUGCAGGCGGAGCUGCGACGGAAGUGGCGGCGCUGGCACCUGCAGGGUGUCCUAGGCUGGAGCCCCAAAUACCAGCACCCGUUGGGAGGCAGCAACGGCGCCACGUGCAGCACGCAGGUGUCCAUGCUGACCCGCGUCAGCCCGAGCGCACGCCGCUCCUCCAGCUUCCAGGCCGAAGUCUCCCUGGUCUGACCGCCAGGAGCCCAGGAGCCCAAGGCGGCCCCUCCCACCCCCUCUCACCCACCCCAGCCAGCGCUGGGGACUGAGCUUGCCAGGGCGCGGCCAGCCCCAGCCCUGGGCUCGGAGGCUGCCCCAACCCCCAGGUCACUCGGGACACUCCUGGAGAACGCAGCCCUUGAGCCGGCCUCCUGCGUUUCUAGGCAAGUAGCAGAUGUCCCCUGGAGGAUGUGGGGUGGGACUUAGUCAUCAGACUUCUCCUCUAGAGGCCCCCUCCUCCAAUCAAGGGCGAGAAAUAUGCAUACUUUCAUCCUGACUCCGCCCCUGGUAGCUCUUCUGUCCAGUCAGAGGAAAGCAACCGCUCACCCUCAAACAAGGCUGUGAUCUGAGGGCAGAAAGGUCCUGCACCGGAAGGCCGCCACAACCACCCGCCCCUGACAGUGCCUGAAGUUUCACCAUCGCUGCCAAGUUCCUGUGGGUUAAGCAUUGCCAUUCAGGCAUCUCUCUGAAGAUGCAGGUCUCUCCUCGGGUGCCCUCCUCUUAGCUACCAGCUCCUCAAGGUGAGUGAGUUAGUCUGUCCGGAGUUUUGAUUUGGGGAGCAUAGCUACCUUUGUAGUCCCCCCGAAGUGGAGUGGUCCCAGCAUCAGUCUGGUGGCUGGAAAAAUGCAACCCACAGACUGAGGAACUCUGAGGCCUCUGGGAAGUGAGGAGACAGCCACCAGCAAAUGCUGAGAUCUCAGACUAAGCCUAUCUGCUCUCCAAGCUCCAUCUGGCUUCAUCCAUCAAGUGCAAUCAGCGACACCGGUCAUACGCAUCCCACAGGCUGUGGCAGCAACAGGGAUCAAGAGCUGCCCUCCUUGGCUGCCCACCUACGUGCCAACUAUUGCAACCAGACUCAGAGACGUGCACUCAUGGGCACCUUCAUCCUUGAAUCAACCCAGCAAAGUGGGAAUUACUGUGCCUAUUUCGUGGAUCAGGAAACAGUCUCACAGAGAGCAGGUACCUCACCCUGUUGCACAGACAGGAUUUGAACUCAGAUCUGGCUGAUGGAAAGGUGAAAGCACAGACUCUUAACUGCUACCUUUUAUAUAUUGUAACCAGCUGGAUCCUCUCGUUAUUUGUAUCACCACUGAUACUGUUACUGCCAUUAUUCCUGAGUCCCUAUUCCACCCUACCCUCCCUGGAGUGUGGCUGAGGAGUCCUUCAGCUCAUGUAUCAUCUGGACAAGAGUCAGUUCGUGGCAUCCUCUGUCUGUCCUUCACCCCUGUGGCCACAUGGCUUCCUACCCACACCCCCACCGGAUGAUCCCCUCAGGACUGCAACAGGCUUGUGCGACAAUAAAUAUUGGCUUGGA